ACAGAAGCGCAGCCGUCCAUAGACCGACCAACCGCGCCAACCAACCGUCCGAUCUACCCACCAACGGUUCCUCCGGCUCCGGGCAGUUCCACUUUCCCCUACCGCGGCGGCUCCGUCUUCCAGUCCAGCCCCACACGAAACCCGACGGCGCCGAGCACACUCCGGCGGCCGCCGCCCGCCGGCGAUGAUGGCCGGCCGUACUACCCACAGCCAGAGCCAGAGGCUGCGCCGCCUCAUCCCGUGCGUCCUCUUCAUCGUCUUCGCCGUCCACGCCGUCUCCUUCGCGCUCUACCUCCUCCUCCAGUCCCACCACCCUCCCCCAAAUCCCGCCGAGCCCGAACCCCAAACCCACGAGCGACUCCGAGCGCCGUCUUCCCAGAAGCCGUGGCCGCGCCUCCCGUCCCUGCUCCCCUGGACCGCCGACCCGUCGCUGCCGCCGCGCUCCUGCGAGGCCUACUUCGGGAACGGCUUCUCCCGCCGCGUGGACAUCCUCCCCGAGGGCCGCGGCGGCUGGUUCCGCUGCCACCACAGCGAGACGCUGGGCAGCUCGAUCUGCGAGGGCGCCAGGGUGCGGCUCGACCCGGCGCUCGUCGCCAUGUCCCGCGGCGGCGAGCCGAUCGGGCAGGUGAUGGGCCGGGCGGAGGAGGAGGAGCUGCCCAGGUACGAGCCCGGCGCGCUGGAGGUGGAGGGCGUGGCGGCGGGGAGGACGGGGCCCUUGCUGGAACCUGGGUUCCUCGACGCCUACGUGCCCGCCGACGGGAUCGGGAUGCACACCAUGAGAGCUCUGCUGGACUCCGCGCGCGUGGUGCCGCCCGGUGAGCUCCACUGCUCCCAGUGGGUUGAAGAACCGACACUUCUGGUCACACGAUUUGAGUAUGCAAACCUUUUCCACACAAUUACAGACUGGUACAGUGCAUAUGUUAGUUCCAGAGUCACAAAUUUACCUGACCGUCCUAAUGUUGUUUUCGUGGAUGGGCAUUGCAAGGCACCACUGGAGCAAACAUGGGAAGCACUUUUUUCGAAUGUGGCUUAUGUCAAGAACUUCUCUGGUCCUGUUUGCUUCCGGCAUGCAGUUCUUUCGCCAUUGGGCUACGAGACUGCUCUAUUUAAGGGGCUUAGCGAAAGCUUCAGCUGCGAAGGUGCCUCCGCGCGGUCCCUUAGAGAAAAACCCGACCCCCAGAAAACUGCACGGUUGUCUGAGUUUGGGGAGAUGAUUAUAGCUUCAUUCGGUCUUCUGGACGAUGGUAUCGUGUCGUCUAAAACGUCAGAUGGACUCAAUGUUCUCUUUGUUCGGCGAGAAGACUACCUGGCACACCCGCGUCACAGUGGGAAAGUUGAAUCUAGACUAAGCAAUGAGCAGGAGGUAUUCGAUGCGGUCGAUAGCUGGGCAAAAGGUCAGAAGUGCAAAAUAAAUGUUGUCAAUGGCCUUUUCGCGCACAUGAGUAUGAAGGAGCAGCUCCGGGCCAUCCUGGAAGCUUCGGUAGUAAUAGGGGCUCACGGGGCUGGUAUGACACACCUGGUGUCAGCUACGCGAGACACGAAAGUUCUCGAGAUCAUCAGCAGCCUGUAUCGACGGCCGCAUUUUGCUCUGAUCUCUCACUGGAAGGCGUUAGAGUACCACGCCAUAAAUCUCCCUGGAUCAUAUGCGAGCAGCGCAGACGUUAUCAGUGAACUGAGGAAUAUACUGAAAGGCCUCGGAUGCUGAAGGGAGAUGCAUUCUUAUAUAGUGUGUGUUCAUCGUCGUGAAGGUCACCGUGAGCAUUGCCGGGUGGAUAUCCUGUUUAGUUCGUAUAUACUGCCACGCCCACGCUUGCAAUUACAACUGGAAACUUUGUGCUGGUUAUUCAAUCACACGCCCUUGAUCUGGGAACUACGGAUUCCCAGUUUGUGCAGAAGGAAUUUUCAGCUGCCACACGUAGAGCCAGAUCCUGCUGACGAUCUACUGAUGACAUGAAAUUGAAUCCUUGUUUAUCCAUUCCAUUCUUGAUGCUGAGCCACGAGAUCGAUUAAACUGUAACUGUAGUCUACUGAUGACACGAAAUGGAAUCCAUGCUUGUCCAUUCCAUCUUGAUGUGCCUCACGGUCUCAAACUGUAACUGUAGUACAUCUAGGGGCUUGAACAUUCUUGUAGUAUUGCCAAUGUGAGUAUUCAGUGCUCCCCACUGUCCAGUAGUUGGAACGAACAUUCAUUCUU